AUGGCAGAGCAGUUUGCCAAUUCCAUGGACAUCGUUGAUAGCAAACAAGAUGGCCUCGCCGGUACCUGUGGAGGCACCAAGCCCCUUGCCAAGUUACACGAGGCGCAACUAGCUGAAAUUGAAACACUGCGCUUGAGAGAGACAAGUCUCCGCAGCGUCACUGCUGUGAAGCCGCUUGGGUAUGAAUUCCAACAAGACUAA